AUGUCCUCCGGAGAUGGUAGCAAGGCUCCCAGUUCUCAAGUCCCUUUGUAUUUAUGGGGAGGCUCCAUAGUGCAUAGCAAGAAGUUUGUGGCCAACUUGCAUCGCGUCACGACUGAUGCUCAGUUCCAAAAGUGGCGAGCUGCUUAUGCGUCUGCCAUUCCAGAUGACGUGCGAGUUAAGCUAUUGAAGUCUCGGAAGGACAACGAGCCUUUGGUGGAUGCGAAUGAUCUUGAUGCUAGGAUCAUCACCUUCCGUCCCUUUUACUUCUCCUUGGGCUUCAAAUUCCCGCUGUCAAAGCUUUUCAAGGAGGUGUUCUGCGCCAUGGGGUGUGCCCCGAGCCAAUGUACUCCAAACGUUUACCGGGCGAUCAUGUGCUUCGAGAAUCUGAGUCGUUUCUUCAUGUUGGAGCUGACGGUGCGAGAGUUCUUUUAUUUUUUCGAAGUGAGGCACUUCGAGCGGUAUGCCCAAGUUCGUGUCUACAAUGCCAAGUUGUUCAACAGUUUUAGUCAAGGAGAUCACGCUUGGCAUGACGAUGUGUUGGAGGUCAGCGGACGGUGGGAAGGCGACGUUGGCGACGGCCCACUCGUUCCUAUCACCUACUGCGAUGUGUGGCUGACUAACUUCUGUCUUCUGCUUGCAAUGAGUGACAUCAGCAAGCAGUUGGAGUUCGGGCCGGAUAUGGCUAAGGUCCGUCGUGCUUUGAACAUCCCUCCAAGGUUUCGCGAGUGGCGCUGGCUGUUGAGUGGGUACCGGGAGGAAGAUGGUGGUUUGCCCCCUGUCGAGGAUGUCGAAAGGUGGAAGCAGAAUGGUCCUGACCUUGAUGAUCUGCUCGCCGGACAGGAAGAAUGUUCUGCUGAAUCUCUCUCUAAGAGAAAAGCUGCCGCCAAAUCUCCGAGAGGUGAAGCUACCUCUCCGCAUGCAAAGGAUAGGUCUCCAUCGAGGAAGAAACCAAGGCCUUCUUCUGCUGAGAAAACACAAGUGGGGUCUACUCCUUCAUCAUCUGCCAGGGUCAAGCAUCUCGUGGGUGCAGACAGCACGAAGGUUGGUGGUAUGCGCGGUAUUCGGGGUGUUCUGCCCGAGUCUCCUGCUGACACGCCCGAAACCCAUGAUAUGUUUCGUGAAGCGGCUCGUGCCCGACCGAGUUCUGCCGAGCGUCAAAGAGAUGCAAACAUUCCUCCUAGAAGUUCGAGUCGUUUGCACCGGUCCAAAGAUGAAGGUCGAAACAGGAAGUCUGCCCGUGAUCCAGAAUCAUUGACUCCUUUGGAGAUGAAGUUGGCGGAGGCUAAGAAGAUGAGAGAGUCAUCUGCCCGGGCUAAGGGCUCUUCCUCCACGUCGGCAGUUGGUCCUAAGGUGAACAAGCCUAGCUCUGUAGGGGAUGCAUGCAUAUCUGAUCUGCUUAAGACGAACUUCUUGUCAAAUCCAUCGUCCUGUGCUGAGUUGGUUGAUCACAUCCGUCAAGCUGGCGAUCUUGGUACUUUCUCGUGCCUUUCCUUGGAAAAACAAAGGGAAGCGUCAUUCCAUUUGAUUCAAAAAGGACUGAUUUUUGCUGCUGAGACUAUUCGGAACUCAUCUGCUGUUGCCCCCUCUUCUGCCCAACUCAGCGAGUUGGAGAAGAAGAAUGCUGAAUUGGCCUGCCAGCUUUCCGUCGAGCAGGCCCGCUAUGAGAAGAAGUUGUCUGAUUUGAGGGCGAUGAUAUCUGGGCUGAAAAGCUCUCUUACCGAGAAGGAUUCCGAGCUCAACUCUUCUGCUGUUGAUUUGGCUAGUCGAAAAGAGGCCUUCUUUCGUCUUGAGCGUAAGAAUGCCGACAUCUCCCUUAGCUAUGACAAGCUCCUUGCUAGAUUUCAUGCCUAUCAUAAGUCUGCUAAAGAAUCCAAGUCUGAAGCCACCAUAGAUGCGUACAAGUUGGGCUACCUGCACUGCGCAGAUGGGAUUGAUUCCUUGUAUGCGAUUGACGAUGUAGACAUCGAGACGCUCCGUCCCAACUCACCCCCUAUAGAAGGGGGAGUUGAGGAGCAGGUAGCCGGAGAGGAUGAUGCAGAGGUCAUGGUACAGGCAGAUGGAGUUGCUGAUGACGUAGCUAGUCAGGCGGAUGCCGAGGAGGCUGCCGCUUAA